GAUGUUCUAUCAAACUCAAACGUUUGAUAUACAUCAUAUUGCAACUAAUGGAAAUGUUGAAGACGAUUGGAAAAAUGAUUUUCAAAUUGAAGAUGGAAAUUUGCUAAAAAUCCUUUCAGUUGAUAAAAAAACAGCUGGAUUAUACGAAUGUUCUGGUUAUAGAAACAAUACGGAUUUAGAGUAUCAUUUAGCAUUUAUACAUGCUAUAGAUCCUCAACCAUCGUGUGCAGAAUCAGCAGUUGUUAUUAACCCUGAAUUUCCUAGUAAUUCUAAAAUUGCUUAUUGCUAUUCCAACUAUACUGCUAGAUGGCCACCUAUCGUUAAAACAAAUCCGAGUAUUGGACAAUUAUUUAGAUCUGUAGCCUAUCAAGAAGGUGAAGUUGGAAGACCAGAAAUUGAAUUUACCGUUGGAUCUUGUGCAAUCAUUAAUAAAGAUGCUAGUUUCAAUUGUUCGAUGAAUUACGGUGCUCCUCCAAGUUACACUAUCAUUAGCGAAAAUACCGAUACCAGUAGCAUGCAACUAACUACUCAAUGUAGUUCUUCGGGCAUCAAUGAUGAUAAUGAUAAUGCUGUUUUCCCUUCCACCCACCCACUCUUUAUAGACUCUUCAACAAUUUUGAACUGUUCAGCAAUUUCAGCCGAUGAUUAUUCAAGAGCUAGUUGGACACUUUCAAAAAGCCAGAAAGAUGAAAACAUUAUCGUCGCUGAGAAUUUCAAUAUUGAACCACCAGUUAGUGAUUUAUAUAAAAUAAGUGGAUUUGGCACUUAUAAUUUAGAGAUAGUAAAAGUGAAUGAAGAGACUUCAGGUGUUUAUCAAUGCUAUGGAUACAAUUCAUCCAAUAGUUUUGAAAAUUAUUAUAAAGCUUUCGUUUCGACGAUGAGUAAACCAUUUUGUUUGAAAACAACACAUCCAGCUCUACCUACUUCCUCAAGAAUGGCUUUUUGCCAUGUUCAAUAUGCCAGUAGCUGGCCACCAAAUAUGAAAGUUGGAACAAUUGAUAACUCUUUAAAUAUGCGCUCCUAUACAGAAAAGAAUACUAGCGAUUAUUUUAAAGUUGGUCAAUGCGGCAUCUUAGCAAACGCCCAAUCGAGUUUCAAUUGUACAGUAAAUUUUCCAGCUCCUCCAGAAUCUAUUCUAUUAGAUGAAUCGUAUGAUAAUUCAAGUCCAGAUUUCAGUGAAACGUGCUUCGAUAUUGAGAUGCCGUUGUCGGAAGUUCCAAAAUGGCUUCUUGACAAAUGCGAAGACGCUUUCCGACUCACAACUCUACCACCUUCAACAGUUCCACCAACAACGAAAAAACCAAGACCUUCCACUGGUGCCCCAAAAAACAUUGCUACAGAACCUGGAUCACCAGCUUUCGCCGAUUGCACGACAAUAGAUGAAACCUUUGAAGUACGCUCGUGGUUUUUCGUACAAAGUCAAGCCCCUGCCAGCUUUGCUAUUUCGACCAAUAUGGUUGUUGUUGAAGGAUUAAGGCCCCAUUUCGAAUUUCCAGACCAAAAUGAGUAUAAAUUACGUAUAAAAUCAGUAUCUGAAAUGACAUCUGGACUAUACGAUUGCUCUGGAAUGAAACAAGUUGGAGGCGAUCUACACUUUGAAUAUUAUACAGCAUUUUUAAAUGUUUUAGACGAACCUAAAUGUUCGCAGGAUGUCCAUACUGCAAUUGUUGACGAUAAGAAACUAAUCUACUGUUCAGUUAAAUACGCUGCCGAUUGGAUACCAACAAUUAAUGUAACUGUGGCAGGAGUGAGAAUUCCAGCUAAAGUAUGGAAUAAAUUUGCAUUCUCUCUAGCUCCUGUUUACUCAGAAGCGGGCUCGUGUACUAUGAUUGAUAAAAGUGCUAAUAAUUAUGGAUGUGUUGUAAAGUUUGAUUCACCACCAAGCGAAAUUAUAUUUGACGAUUACUACGAUAAAGAUGCCCCUGAUAUGACAAGAAGUUGCGAUGGACAAAGCGAUUUGAAUACAAUAUCCCAAUGGCUUAAAGAAGAAUGUUUAAAAGAAUACGGCCUUUCGACGUUAAAUCCUCCCACUUCACAACCUACAACUAAAACAACAAUAAUACCUUCAACUACACCUUCUCAAGGCCACGCAACUGCAAUCCAGCUAAAAUCAACCAUUAUAUUUUCUAUACUUUCUCUUACUUAUAAUUUUUAUAUUUAA